AUGGGGAAGGGAGCAUUGAAAUUUGGCGGCAAGUCUGGUAUCUUGCCCAAGACUAGGGACAUUUUCCGCAGACCCGUGCGUCCAUUAAAGAACUGGGAGCAAGAGAUUGAAGACUCCAAGGAAAGUGGGUAUGCUGAAGGUGUUCCCACACCAGUAAUCAAAGGUGUUCCUCUUCCACGUCAAACGCCAGCACGUAAAUACAUUACAGUUGAAGAAAAAAUCAAGGAAAUCAAGUAUCCUUCAAUGACUUUGAAAGAAAUGAAUGAGUUACCUGAUGUGGAAAGAGACGAACAAAGAAGGGCAUACUACAGAGCAGAGUUUUUGAAAGAGGCUUAUCUAGAAGAAGAAAAGCGUUUGAAAGCCAUCGACGAGAUAAAGGAGAAGAUACAUAUGCAAAAUUUGGAGAGACAGCGGCGAUUCGAUGCAGAGAUUGCAGCAGGAUCAUCUGAAGUGUCGUCUUUGCCAACUAUACAAAAGAUAUUGGAAUCUAAUAUGAUCAGGCCCAGAACUGCUGAGGAGAAGGAAUUGAUUAAGCAGCAAAGAAAUCUCAAUAGAAAUGCCAAGGAAUUGCAAGAUAAGGAGGAAAAAGCACAGAAGCUUUUGGAGUUGUACCAUGAGGCUGGUAAGUAUAUCACCAACGAGGCUCAACUUGAGGAUGCCAUUCACAAGGCAUUUGAGCUCGACGAAGGUGCGUUUGCAUCAAGCGUUAUGACUGUGGAUAACAAGAUCUCUGGAGUUCGUAAGGAUAAUGGAAUUUCAAGAAUUAAUGAAAGUGUGAUUGCAGAUGUCAUCCUUGGUGAAAUCGAUCGUAAGCCAGGUUUGAACCAAGUUAAAGAUGCACUUAAUGGUACAAGAGAACAAGUACGAAGAGAAGCGCAAGCAAACUUCCACGAUUGA